GCCCCAGCGCCAACGACUACGUAUACGAGCCGCCAACAUGAGCGCGACAUACAAUCUCGAACCGAAUCCGACAGCCAAAGUCCUCCUCCAUACCACUCGUGGCGACCUGGAGAUUGAGCUCUUUGCGAAGCAGACACCCAUCACCUCGCGCAACUUCCUACAGCUAUGCCUUGAUGGAUACUAUGAUAACACUGUGUUCCACCGUCUCGUGAAAGGCUUCAUUAUACAGGGUGGAGAUCCGACUGGGACAGGCCAGGGUGGAGAGAGCAGUUACGAUGGCGAGCCAUUCCAAGACGAGUUCCACAGCCGGUUGAAGUACACAAGGAGAGGCCUGCUGGGCAUGGCGAAUACAGACAAGAAAGACGACAAUGGCAGUCAGUUUUUCUUCACCUUGGCAGCGACACCAGAGUUGCAAGACAAGAAUACAAUGUUCGGCAGAAUUGCGGGCGACACAAUAUACAACCUGAUGAAGAUGGCGGAGGCAGAAAUCACAGAAGGAAGCGAUGAUCGGCCAAUGUAUCCUGCGAAGAUCACAGGAUCUGAAAUCAUCAUCAACCCAUUCGAGGAUAUGGUCAGGCGGGAGCAGGUAGCACAACGGACGGCGCCAGAAGAGAAGAAGACCAAGAAGCCAAAGAGGAAGGCUGGGAAAAACGUGUUGAGCUUUGGCGGAGAGGAGGGAGAAGAUUCAGCUCCUGUUUUGAAAAAAGCUAAGUUCAACACAAAGCUCGUCAGCGCGGGGGAGGAGCUACCGACGACGAUCAGAGAAACGCCUGCCAUACGAUCCGCCGAGCCAAAAGCUAUUCCCAUCCGCAAGCCGUCUGAGAAGGCGCCGUCAAGAUCGCCAUCUCCUGAGCUGCCAAGGACAGUGGCGCCACUACCACCACCUCGCGAGAAGGCACGAUUGCCACCUCCACGAGAGCUGUCGCCGGAGUCCGAGAAGAGGUCAAAGAUCGAUCGCGUCAAUGCACAGAUUGCUGAGCUGAAGGCAUCAAUGAAGCGCAACAUUGGCCCUCAGCACGCAGAGCAAACAAAGAAGAAGUCGCUGUUAGAGUCGAUGGUCCCUACUUCGACGACACGAGGGCGAAAGCGCGGCGCUGGUGGCAACGCUGCGCAAGAGCAGGCUACCCUUGAUCUUCUCUCAAAGUUCAAGACUAAGUUGGAAACAGCAGAACCAGUAGCAGCUCCGAAGGGCAAGGAUGUCCCCGUUCCAGCCGAUCCCGAGUUGAACAACAGCACCAUCGAGUCGGGCAAGGCUGACGGAGAGGAUGAGAUCGUGUGUGAUCUACAUUUUAUCGCUGGUUGCCAGUCUUGUAAGGCAUGGGACAAGGAAGAGGAAGAAGAAUCCGACGAUGAUGCCGGGUGGAUGUCGCAUUCUCUGAGCUUUGCUAAGGACAGGUUAGGAAAGGAUCUGGAAUGGAAGAGGAAGAACGAGGAGGACUUAUUGGUCAUUGAUCCCCUCGAAGAGGCUAAAAGGCAUAAGGCCGAUGCAAAAGGGAAACGUGAGUGGGACGGCGGGAAAGACAAGAAGAAGCUGAAAGCAUGAAUGAAAACAACCAAGCUACGAUAUGCUGAAGAGUUGAUCACAUCCUCUUAUUGCGUGGAACUUAUCUUGGUGCGCCUGUGCAUGAAUAAGGUAGCUAAAGGAGUCGUCAAACGGCAUCAGAUGCAAACGGUACCUGAUGUUGAAGACCUUUGGAUAAAGUUGUAGCAGGCUGUCGUGAACCCUUCUUGCAACUUCACAUUCACUUCACCUCUAGCAUAGGCAGCGGCGCUAGGCGCAGACGUUGUCUCGUCUGUGGCGGAGCCUUCUUUCUCUCCUUUCGCUUCUUCACUUAGUCACAAUCAUUAGAACCCUCACCUUGCACAGUAAGUAAGCUCCUGCCUAUCUUCAGUAAGU